UUUAGGGGGAAAAAGUUGAAAUUCUGCUCUUCAGUACUGAGCUACAGUGUACUUAAGUUGCGGUUCUGUAUAAAACAACAUGGAAGUAGGACCCAUUGCUUCCGCUGGAAUGUCUCGUCAAAGGAGCAUAGAUUUCCUUGAUUCAUCAAUGCUACACACGGAGAAAGAUUUACAUGAAGUUCUUAUUUAUAAAGAACAAGAACUGAAAGAACUGCAAGCUUGUCAGAUGCAUUUCCAGAAAACAGCACUGCAAGACACCCGAAAGCAACUUGAAGAAAUGCAUAGGAAGUUCAACAGUUUAAAAGAAGAUUUCACUUAUAAUCUUAGAGUUCUUGAGGAGAGAGAUAGAGAGCUGAAGCAUUAUGAUACUUUGUUCAUGCAGUUGAAAAUGGUUGAAAAUGCCAAGCAGGCAGAGAUUAGUGAGCUUAAAAUACAAGUAGAUAAACUGGAGCAGGCACUUGCUCAGGAAUCAAAAAAACAAGCGGCUCUACAAUACCAGUAUCAACAAAAGCUUAAAGAACACCAAUUAGAGUUGAAGCAUAUUCACAGCACUAAAGACUCUGAUAUUAGUCUUUAUCGUGAGGAGUAUGAGAAUACUAAACACCAGUUGGAGAGAAAACUCCAGGAAGUAGAAGGUGAACUUGCUUUGCAAAGACAGGAACUGCUAGUGGAAUUUGAUGCAGAAAUCAAAAAGAGAGAAUAUGAGUUUCGACAGAAAGCAGAUGAAAUGAGCAACGUAGUUCUAUCUCAUGAGCUUAAGGUUAAAUUGUUGACCAAGGAACUGGAGGCUUUGAAAGAAGCUGGAAUAAAAGCAGCAGAAUCUUUGAAAAUGGCAGAAGCAAUUAAUCUGGAGUUAGAAAAAGAAGUCAAAUCCAAAGACUGGGAAAUAAAGGAACUUGCAGCUGUGAAAGAUGUACAGAUACAAGAUUUAGAAAGCAAACUUCAUUCAUUGCAGAUGAGUUGGAAAAAAGAAAAAGAAUUAUUUGAGAGAAAACAUGCAACAAUUGAUCACUUUGCCAGAGAAAAGGAUGUGAUGCUUUCUUCUAUGAAAGAGGCUCAUGCAGAACAAAAACAUAAGUGGGAAAAUCAAAUCCGAGAAUUGCAGAUGCAUAAUGAAACUUUAGAAAUAAAACUGCACCAGGCUGAAUGGAGGCAUACAGAUUUCUUGAAAGAAAAAGAUGCAGUCAUUGAAGAGCUCAAAAAAGAACUGGAGGCAAUGAAAACAACUUGUGAUUCUCAAGUAGCUCAGAUGUCUAGGGAGACAGUUUCAAAAGAUGUUCAAAUUCACUCACUGCAAGAGGAAGAAAUAAAACUGAAAGCACAACUGGCUACCUUAUCUCAAGACAUUGAAAGGUAUAAACAGCAGCUUUCAAUAGCAGCAGAAAGAGAAGAAGGCCUGGAAAGAGCUAAAAUUCAAAUUGAGCUGGACUGGCAGCGGCGUUGUGAGACGGUUGAAAGGAAUCAGUAUCAGAAAUCAGAGGCCCUGAUACAGAGCCUUUCAACAACUAGGGACCAGAUUGCUGCUAAACUGCAAGAGAAGGAAAAGAAAUUGCAUGAAUUGGAAGUGGCCAUGUCUGUGGUAGUAACAUUUGAGAGAGACCAAGCAAUUCAAGAACUUCAGAAACACGGUCAUUUGCCAAAAGGAGAAAAGCAGAAUACUAUAGGAGUUGUUGGACAAGAUUUUCCUUCUGCUGAAAUCCAGAGAUUACAGGAACAGAAUAGUACUCUAAGGACGGUUAUUUCCGAAAUGAGAAGAGAAAUGGAGAGACUUAAUCAGGCAUCUGACCACAGUCAAGGGAAAAUACAAGAUGUGGAUAGGGCUGACUCUGCAGCAGUUUCAGUCACUCUUGACUAUGUUCAAUCCUUGGAAAAAGAUACCAGACUUGUGAAGGAAAAGUGCUGGACCACAGACAAACAGCAUGAAAAUCCACCUAAUCUUCCUGGAAAAUCAUUUGUGUUUUCUCAGAACUCAUCCAGCUGUAAUAAAAGUCCUCAAACUUCCUAUCAGGACUAUAUUAUCAAUGGAAGAGAUGACAACAUUGCAACUAAAACCAAUGCGAGAAACCAUUCAAUUGGAGCUCUUCAGGUGGAUUCAGUGGGAACACUAGAAACACAAAUGCAGUUACUUGGGAUGGGGGCAGGUGAUGGUCCCCAUCAACAUACAGAAAACAGCACACGGCUACAGAAUAGACUGAAGGAAGCUGCAAGAAAGAUCUGCAGUCUGAGCAAAGAGAAACAACAGCUGCUAGAGAUGGUGAACAGACUAAGAGCAGAAUUUGGAACUGCUUCAACAGAAGGAUCACUGGAUUCCAAGCACUCUGAGCAGCAUCAAGGUCACACUUUCCAUGCUGCCCUCUACCCUAAAGAACUUGUUAGAGAGACUAGGCAUCGUCUUGUAGCCUUAGAACAACUUCAGUACCAGCUUACAACACAGGAGUUACAACGUUCGCACCAAAAAUGUGUCUUGAGAAAAAGUCCUCAUUUUGUUGAGAAGACAAAAAAUGAAAGUGUUCCAGGUAGCAACAGUUGUACUGAAAGAGAAGAAAUGCCUUUGAAAGAGAUUCCAGUGGAAUCCUUUGAAAGAAAUUCAAAUGCCCUGAAGCAUGAAAUGUCAGUGCCACAUCAGACUCAGCAAUAUCAAAAAAGAAGACCUGGUCAUUUCCAGCCAGGCAUUUUGUCAUCAUCUGGUACACAAAGCUCCCUGGAGGAAAUCUGGCAAAUUCUAGAAAUGGGAUCAAGCCCUUCUGUUCUCAGCAGUCAAAGCAAUAAUGAUCAAGAGAAAUUCCAGAUUGUCCAUGAACCUGAAAGACUUGAAGAUUCUCAAGAAAACAGCCAAAUAAAGCAUGCACAGAAAGUGCCAGCAGGUCCCUUGAAUAUUAUGGGCACUGCUUUUCAUGUCCAUUCAAAGCCAAAAAAGUUAUCUUAUAAGCAAUCCAGGAAGUCUCAGAUCUCUCCACAAAUAACCAAAAUCCGAAACUACAACAUAAAAGAUUGAUAUAAAUUGCAUCUUUCAAAUGAAUCAAAGUUUGGGAUCUAAAAUAUCCAGACUGUUGUUAGUAAGCAAUUUGAUCAGAUGUAAGUAUUAAACCAUCAAUUUCAUUGCUACUUCAUUCUUUUUUUAAAGUCACUAAGCUCCUUAUUUCCGAUUUGACAAUUUCUCAUAAUAAACCAUCAUUAGUGUAUAUGCUAUUGCAUGUUAAAAUGCUUAACUCACCUUUGUAUGUAUAUUGAUCUUUUAAAGGCCUGUUGAAUCAGUA